AUGAACAAUAUUUUGUCUUGUGACUCAGGAGAAUUUGAUUCCAUUAUUUCUAAUCAAUCUACAAGCAAGGCGAUUAAAUAUAAAUCCCAAUCUUGUAUAACCGGUUUCAUAGAUAGAAUUAAUUCCAAAGAAAAAAAUGAGCUGGAUCAAUUGUUUGCAAAGGCUGUAUAUGCGAGCAAUUUACCUUUCCACAUCACUGAAAAUCCCUACAUCCAAGAAUUUUUUAAAAAAAUACGUCCUAUUUACACAUUACCCAGGAGAAGGCAGCUGGCUGGAUAUCUUCUAGAUAAAGCGUCAGGUGAUAUGGAGGUGAGAGUUGCAGAUAUAAUAGAUAAAGCUCCUUACUUAUCAAUUGUAUCAGAUGGCUGGAGCAACAUUAGAAACGAGAGUAUUAUUAAUUUUAUGGUGAUGACGCCUGUUCCAGUGUUCUACAAAUUUCUAAAUACUGAGGAAAAUCGCCAUACGGCAGAUUAUAUUGCCCAGGAAUUUAAAAAUGUAAUUCAUGAAUUGAAUCCGGUAAAAGUAUAUUCUUUAGUUACUGAUAAUGCCGCUAACAUGAAAGCAGCCUGGAGAAUUCUAAAAUCUGAAUCUAUUUAUAAUCAUAUACAAUGUUAUAGUUGUGCAGCGCAUACAUUGCAGUUAUUCUUUCACGAUUUUGAACGAUUGGACGCCUUCAGUGACCAUAUUUCAAUAAUUAAAAAAAUUGUUAAAUUUUUCAAGAAUAAACACAUACCAGCUGCACCAAACAAGAUGGGCAUCGUCAAUAAAAUGUAUGGAGCAAAUUCAAGCAAGAAAGCUCUAAAAGCAUCAGUUGUUGAAGAAGCUGUUUGUGAUAAUUGUCCCAUAGAAAUUACCAAUAAUAUAUUAAACGAAGAAUUUUGGACGAAAAAUUUAAAAUUUUUAGCUAUACUCCAACCUUUAGCUACCUCAUUGUUUAAAGUGCAAGGGGAUAAAUGUACUUUGGCCCAAGUAAAAAACGAGAUGCUUAAUUUGGAAAAACACAUAAUACAAUCAUGCCAUGAUUCUAUAUUUUCUCCAUCUCAAGAAAAAAAAAUUAAGGUUAUGUUUGAAAAGAGAAAAACUGAUAUAAAUACAUGUGCUCACAAUGCUGCUUAUUUAUUGGACCCCCAAUAUCAAGGGGAGCAUCUUACUAAUACUGAAUUUGAUGAAGCAUGUAAUAUAAUACAAGAAUUGGGUAUUUUACAAGGUGGUGAUAAUCAAAAUAUUUUGAUUGUAACUUCCAUAAGAAACAAUCAAAUUUCGGCCUCAAGUUGGUGGAAUGCAUUUUGCCCAUUAAGAGAAGUCGCUAAUAUUUUACUAACAUUUCCUAGUUCGACUUCUUCUUCUGAAAGAAAUUGGUCGGUUUGGGGCAAUAUUCACACGAAAAACAGAAAUAGAUUAAAGGCUUCUACAGCAGGAAAAUUAGUAAGAGUGUAUCAUAAUUUAAGAUUGAUUAAAAAUAUUAAAGAAAAUAAUGAUAUUGAAUAUGAAUCGGAACAAGACUCUGCCACGGAGGGUGAAACAUUGACUAAAGAAUGA